AUGAAGCCGCCGGCGCCGCUGCCGAGGAGCUGGAGUAAGAAGGGCAGGGCCGCCGCCUUCUGCAACCUCCCGCUGCUCCUCCUCAUCGGCGCCAUCCAGUUCCUCGUCAUCUACUCCCCCGCCAUGGAUCGCUACAUGGUCAUGGUCACCAAAGGCAAGCCCGGGUUCCCGUCGCUGCUGCUGGACGGCAGGAGAGGCUUCAAGCUGGUGGAGGAGGAGUCCAUCCCGGAGCCCCGUGUGCGGUGCGACUUCGCGGACCCGAGGUCGGACGUGUGCGAGCUGGAGGGCGCAAUCCGCAUCCGCGGCAGCACGUCGGAGGUGUUCGUGGUGGCCCCCGGCGGCGCCGAUGGUCUGCUGGCGGCGAACGUGACGGGCCUUGCUCCCGGGAUGAACGCGACGAGCUGGACGAUCCAGCCGUACACGCGCAAGGGCGAGGUGCGCGUGAUGCGGAGCAUCGCGACGCUGACGGUGCGCGUGGUGUCCCCUGGCGACGCGCCGCCGUGCACGGUGCGGCACGACGUCCCGGCCGUGGUGUACUCCAACGGCGGCUACUGCGGCAACUACUACCACGACUUCAACGACAACAUCAUCCCGCUGUUCGUCACGGCGCGCCACCUGGGCGGCGAGGUGCAGCUGCUGGUGGCGCAGAAGCAGGCGUGGUGGUUCCACAAGUACCGGGAGAUCGUGGACGGGCUCACCAACUACGAGGCCGUGGACCUCGGCAGCGGGGACGGCGAUGGGGAGGAGGUGCUGUGCUUCCGCAGAGCCACGCUCGGGCUGCGCAGCCACAAGGACCUGAGCAUCGACCCGCGCCGCGCGCCGCGGAACCUGUCCAUGGUCGACUUCAAGCGCUUCCUGAUGUGGCGGUACGCGCUGCCGCGGGAGCACGCCAUCCGGACGGACGAGGAGGAGGCCGCCGGGGCCGGACGGCGGAGGCCACGGCUGCUCGUCGUCACCCGCCGGUCGCGGCGGCGGUUCGUCAACCUCCCGGAGAUCGUGGCGCUAGCGGAGGAGGUCGGGUUCGACGUGACGGCGUCGGACCUGAUGUCGGCGUCGUCAGCGACGGCGUCGGCCAAGAACAAGGCCGCCGGCGGGGUCGGGGGCGAAGGGCACUCGCUCAUGGCGGACGCGUCGAAGCUGGUGAACUCGUUCGACGCGAUGGUGGCGGUGCACGGGUCCGGGCUGACCAACCUGGUGUUCCUGCCGAUGAACGCGGUGGUCGUGCAGGUGGUGCCGCUGGGGCGGAUGGAGGGGCUGGCCAUGGACGAGUACGGGGUGCCGCCGCGGGACAUGAACAUGCGGUACCUGCAGUACAACAUCGCGGCGGAGGAGAGCACGCUGUCGGAGGUGUACCCGAGGGCGCACCCCGUGCUGCUGGACCCCAUGCCCAUCCACGAGCAGAGCUGGUCGCUCGUCAAGGACGUCUACCUCGGGAAGCAGGACGUCAGGCUCGACGUCCGCCGGUUCAGGCCCGUCCUCCUCAAGGCCAUCCAGCUGCUCCGGUGA